UCCAAAAUACAUAGCAAAGCUUUAUUUUAUUUAUCACCUUUAAGUACCACCUGUCUCAUUCAAAUGAGUAUAUGCGCUCCUGUAUACUUUCAACCCAUAGACAGGCUGGGUCACCUUCUCAUCGAAAUCGGACCACAAUUGUUACGAGCUUCCUUUGAGAAAUGAACAGUUGCUUCUCAUCAAGUAGUUUCUCUUGGAAUUUUUAUUAGUGAAAACAGAUGUUCCUCCCUUUGCCCUAUUUAUCAUAACGGAUAGUUCUUUCUUUUACGUUUUAGGACGUAAUUUCUACAGAUAAGGGGAUAGACAAAGGGCACUUGGCAUUUUUUCAGAAGCUAAUAAUUAAUCCAGGAUGAUUUCCUUUCAAGCUCCCUAUCUUCUACGCUACAUUUACUACACUUGAGCAGAAGGGCACAGAGAGCAAGGAGGCACCAACGAGCGACAACAGGAGAGCAAGCAUGGUAUCCGUUGGACUCCAGUUGGUAGGCUACAUUUUGGGGCUGCUGGGCUUGCUGGGCACCCUGAUAGCCACCCUGCUGCCCAACUGGCGGAUCAGCUCCUACAUCGGCUCCAGCAUCGUCACAGCUGUUGGCUUCUCAAAAGGACUCUGGAUGGAGUGUGCAGUCUACAGCACAGGCAUCACGCAAUGUGACAUCUACAACUCUCUGCUCAGCCUGCCUACGGACCUCCAGGUGGCCCAAGCCUUGAUGGCCACCUCCAUUGCUGUAGGUUCGCUGGCUGCCAUUGUCUCUGUGGCAGGGAUGAGAUGCACCAUCUUCUCUCAGAGCUCCCCAGCAAAGGACAAAGUGGCGGUUCUGGGAGGGGUCACUUUUGUCCUGGGGGCAUUGCUCAGUUUCAUCCCUGUUGUGUGGAAUAUGCAUGUGAUCCUCAGCGACUUCUACAACCCCCUUGUGCCCGACAGCAUGAAGUAUGAGAUUGGGGAAGCCUUGUACUUGGGCAUCCUGUCUUCCUUGAUCUCCUUCAUUGGCGGCGCCAUCCUCUGUGCCUCCUGCCCACCGCGGGACUCUCAAGCAACCUGCUACCGUCCUCAUCAUUCUCGGACCAUGGCAGACAGGAGCUCCCGGCCAUCUCCAAAGGCCAGUGCAUACAGCCAGACUGGUUAUGUGUAGCAGCGGCUGGCCACCCAUGAAAACGCUUGCUGGAUGCACUGAAUAGGUAAGCAGAGAGACAGAUUUAUUCCUCCCACAACCCUCCUUUCAUCCUCGGCACUCCAGCUGUCUCUUCCCAAUGCAGCUUGGCGCUGCCAGAGGUGUCGUGUUGCAUGUCAACUGUCUGGUGGCUGCCGUUUCUUCAAGGCCCGUGGGGCUGUUUCCUCUGAAGGUCUUCCUGCUACUAAAAGACCAAGCAAAGUGCCUGAUGACUGCACAGCACAGGAGCAACCCAUUUGGAGGAGUCACAGGUGCCCAUCAAGCCUCUACUGUGCGCCUCUCAAAUCCUGUCUUCAUCCCACCUCCCAUUCCAUAGGAUUCAGCCCUAGAGUGGGAAAUGGGACUUCAGGAUUUGAGGGGUGGGGGAGGGCAUAGCUCAGUGCUGUGGGGGAAAACACUCACCAUUUCUGGGAGAAACCCGAAAGUCCUUGGUAAGGGAAUAAAAAGACCCCACCCCAAAUUGUUGGAGCCCAGAACAAGGGGAUUGAUGGCAGAACAGACCAAGGAUGCCUGGGGCAACCUCUUCCAAGAGAUGAUAAGACCCCCGUCCCUUGCCCUGUCUUCAGCCAGGGAGAUUUCCAAAAGGAGGACAAGGUGCUUGCAGUUGCUGUUCUUUGGGUCUCAACAGCCUGUAUUUAGCCUCUGGUUUUGAAGAGGCCGAAAUGUACCCGCUCUGUGGGUGGGUACACGCUGGUCUUGGCAGAUGAAAGAACUCCAUGGACAGGCCUGCUCCACCUGCUCUGGGAUCAAAGGGCCGCUCCCUCCGCCCACCCCCCAGUGCUCCGAGCUUGAGACGCCUUUGGGCUCAGAGGGGCUCAAUGGUUUCACUGGCCAAUAAAGAAUUCCUGCUCAAGGAGGGAUUGGACCCGAAGACGCCGAAGGCCCCUUCCAGCCCUGGGACUCCACAUUCUACUCUAAAGGCAAAGGACAGGGGCAGGACUGAGGGGCUUCACUGUCUCUGGGAAAGAAGAACCGCCAACCCCAAGGCCGAUUCCUUCCAGCCUAGGAGCCAAGAGGACUGGGAUGACCCCCAAGUACUUCGGGCCCAUCCCAAAGAACUGAGGCCAGCAAAGCAUGCCCGGGACUGAUCACUUGUUCUACCCCCUGCUCCAGAGCAAUGUAUUGGCACCGGCCUGUUUGCCUGUUGGUCUAUUUAGCAAUGUCCUACAAUAGGGAUUUUAAAAAAUACAUGUGUUCCCAGAAGAUGAGCUCAUGCUUUGGAAAGAAAAAAAAG